AUGAACUUUUUACUACAAGUAGCGCAAGUAGCGCUUUUGAUGAAUUUUGCUGACGCGGCCAUUAUCGACUUCAAUAGAAACAAUGACACCGCGACUACCAACCGUUCUUCUUCUCAGUCAAAUGUGUAUGAGAUCACCACGGGGACCUCAAGCAGCAGUUCAAAAACCACUAAAUCGAGUACCAAUGAUAUAGUCUCAGCCUCGUCGUCCUCAUUGAAUUUUGGUGCUGAGAGUACCAAGUCAUCCGAAAGUGAUAAUUUGUGGACCUGGUUGACAAAGAGUUCAACUUCUUCGUCAGCUUUGGAAGUUACACAGCCAAGUACUACUUCUGCCAGUGGGAAUAACUAUCUGACAACAAGCUCGAAGAGCUCGGAUUAUGUGGUUUCUUCUGCAGGAUCAUCCAGUGAAAGACAACACUAUAACACGGAUCCAACGACGACUUCGUCCUUUUACUCUGUCUCUGCACAAUCAACCAAGACAACGUCAUCGACGCCGAUUAUUGAUUUCUCCUUCACCUCCAUCUCAUCGAGUGAGUCUUCAUCAACUACUCAAAGGGCUCCUACAAGCUCUCCGAAGUCAGAGACGAGGACGGUAUCUUCACCAUCGGAUACAUCUUCUCAACGUUGGACUUCCCCUUCAUCGUCCUCAUUGUCCCAAUUCUGGACGUUAUCAGGCGCUGAGUCUUAUCAAUGGUCCUCUUCGGCUUCAUCGGAUCCUGAGACUUUCACCGUUUCAGCCACUACAUCUUCUUUCAGUCAGCCAUCAUGGGUUGCAUCAUCAGAGUCGGAAAGUACUUUGUCAUCUACUUCGGUUGCACAAGUUUCUUUCACAUCAUACCCAUUAUCGGUGAGAUACUCAUCUGCGUCAUCUCUUUCUUCGUUUGCUACACCUUCCGCAACAUCUUUGUUUUCCAGCGAGCCUUCAUCAAUUUCUUCGUCUGCAGUGUCAGCUGCAGUGUCGUCAUAUGCUUCGACUCAGACUGCAUGGCCAUCUUCUUUCUCGCUUUCAAGCUCGGAACCUGCUGCAGUUUCCUCAUCUUCUGCCAUUCCAGAAUAUGCGUCUACAACCUCUUCACAAUUUGUUUGGUCGCCAUCUGUGUCAUCGAGCUCUCAACCCGUUUCAGUGAUUUCAUCUUCUGAGAUUUCGCAGUCGUCUGCAGAUUCUUCCUCGGUAUCAUCUGAAUCAACCCAAUACAUUUGGACUCCUUCGUCUUCGUCUUUGGAAUCUGUUUCCACAUUUUCCGCAGCUCCAGAAUCUAUCUCAACACCUGUUUCGACAGCAUCUGUGACAUCAACAGCUCAAGAAGGGGCCUCAUCAUACAUUCCAUCUUCCAGUUCAUCGUUCUCUUGGCAACCAUCCUCAACAUCUUCUUCAAGUGAAUAUGUUUGGACCUCUUCCUUCACGCCAGAAUCUUCUUCUGAGACUCCCCUAACACCAUCCACUUCAUCCAUUCUGGUUCCAUCAUCUGAAACAAGCGUAUCAAUGACAACUGAAUCUUCAAACUCAUCCCCAUCCCCAAUUCCAUCUACUUCCAGCUUUGUCGAGCCUUCCUUUGUGUCAAGUGUACCAGUGCCCAUUUCCCAAUCAACCGAAAUCCCUGAUGCUAGCUCAACAUAUACACCAUCGGCUGUUUCUACCCAAUCAACUCCUAUAUCAGCUUCUUCGUCAGCAACUACUCAAACUACUGAAAUGCCUGCCGUUAGUUCAACGUACACCUCAUCAUCGCUGUCGUUAACUCCUUCAGCUCCUGUUUCUCAGUCAACUGAAAGUGCCUUCGUAAGCUCGAUAUAUUCUCCAUCUUCUGUGUCGACUCCAUCAGCCAUUUCUCAAUCAACCGAAAGCGCCAUCACUAGCUCAACAUAUACGCCAUCUUCCAUGUCAAAUCCACCAGCUCCUUCUACUCAAUCAACCGAAUCCGCUGCCGCAAGUUCAGUGUAUACUCCUCUUUCACCAUCACUAAGCUCAUCGAUCCAAGAGACAUCAACAACUUCCACACCACUUUCAUCAACUGCGGAGCCAUCAACAACAGAACCUUCGACUGUGGAAUCCUUAUCAUCAUCUACUGAGUCUUCAUUAUACUCUCAAUGGGCAAGCUCAGAAGUGACUAUUCCUUCAUCAAUCCCAAGUAUAAGCACACCAAGCACAACUUCUACUCCUGAGUCAUCGACAAUUACCAGCUCGACUUCAAGCGAUGUGUAUUCUCCUGUCGCACCUUCAAUCACAUCAGUAAGUGAAGUUCCAUCUGUGACAGAUCAACCUUCCACCACUCCAUCAACACCAGAACCUUUUGUUUCUUCUACUCCUACCUCUGGGGUUGCUUCAGUCUCAUCUUCAUCAUCAUCAGCAGCUGUGUCCUCCUCUUCGAGCACGACAGCAAACAAUUGGUGGGUUCCAACGCAAAUUGUGACUCAAACUUCUCAAACGACCUCUAGCGGUACUGUCGGUCAAGCCACUGCUACUUUGCCUCAAGCAAUAGCAGCCGCGACUCAAGUCGCUCGACCUGAUGGCUACACUUUGAUCACACUUGGUUUCAAAAGAGCUUUGAACUACAAUUUUGUCGUCUCUAACCCAAUUUCUUCUGCUCAAAUUUUUGCAUUCCUACCAGAGAUGUUGAGAACACCCUUCGAAAAUUCAUACGAAAACAUCACAGUUCAACAAUUGGUUCCAUUACAGUCGAAAGCUGUCAGUUAUCUGGCCACUGUGGCAGAAGUUUAUUUCCCAACUAGUGAGAUCUCUGCUCUUUCUAAGCUGAUCUCGAAUACUUCGAGCAAUCUUUACACAGAUGUUGAGGGACCUGCCAAGUAUUUAGCCUAUCUGAUUGACGCUUCCAUCCCAUUGACUGGCUUGUUGGGAUCAGACACAUCAAACCCAAAUAUGUCCUCAAGAAACUCAAGUUCUUCCACUGGAUCAUCCGACGAUAACUUCAAUAGCGGUGCAUUGGGAACAAGUAUCAAGAACAUUAAUGGAUCAGGAAGCAGUCUAACUUCGAGCAAAAGCAAGAUUGCUGGAUUAGUGGUUGGUGUGGUUGCUGGUGGUUGUACAUAUAUCGCAGCAAUGAUUCUAUUGAUUAGAUUUUUCGUUGUGAGACGUCAACAAGCAAAGAAUGCUAUUAAAUUCCCAGACGAUUCAAGUGAUAGCACCAGCGAGUCCGGUAGCGAUGCACACUAUCACAAACAAGAGAAGGUAACUUUUGAUGAUCAAGAAUCGAUUACGCCUUCUAUGAGGAUCAACAACUGGAUGAAUGAGAGCCAUUACUACGAUGUUGCUGGUCCCGAUAUUCGUGUGGCUCAGAUUGGCAAGAAGGCUACAUCCAUCCCCAAGAUUUCAAGACCUAUAGCUAGUCAAAACUCUUUGGGAUGGAAUGAGAUAUGA